CCGGUGCUUUCCUUCGCCUUUCCGUCCUCUCAAGAUUCUUUCUUCCCAUACAUCCAUAAUACAGAAUAAUUUAAAAAAAAAAAAAAAAAACGAAAGAAAGAAAUUUUUUUUUUAUAUCUUUCCUUCCCUCCUCUUUUCUCUGAAAUAAAAAACCGCCGAAAACCAUUUUCCACGAAACCGCCCAAUCUCCUUACCACCGAAACGUUUUCCUUCCUCAAAGGAUCGAUAAAAAGCUGAAGUUUUUUUGAUGUAUCGAUAAAAAUCGAAAUCGGUUUCGAAUUUUGCGGAAAUGAAACGGAAUUGAUCGAUUGAUGAAUUGAUUCUAUGGCGGAGAGAUUAGGGAUUGGCAAAGAAGAAAAUCGGGCGGAGGAGAAGCGACAGCGAUUGUGAUCGGACGGCGGGGGAGGAAGUACGGGGUUUUUGUUUUUGGCGGCGGAAAACGACAAGGGGAAGGGUUGCGGAAGGGAGGAAAAUGGACUGCCGUGUGCUGGUGGUGGGCGGUGACCCCUGGGCGAGGGGCCAGAUCGGCGGCGGACUCAGCCAUGAGAGCGAGCAUGAUUUGGCUCUCAUGGUUAGCGAUUUCUUGGAGAACGGAAGCUCCGGCGCCGACUCUUGGUGUAGCAGCGACAGCGAGUCAGGCCUCUCCGAUCUAUCUCACCUCGCCGACAAGAUUCCAAUUUGUAAGCGUCCGUUAGCGCAAUUCGAGAACGAGGUUUUGUCGGUGGUCAAUUCUCUGAUACUGUCGAUCAAGAAGACUGAGCUUCCCGGCGUAAAGUCAGGUGCUUGUAACGGCAGUUGCAUCAGGUUCGCUCUGGUGAAGCUUCUGAGGCUCUCUGGUUACGACGCCGGCGUUUGUUCGUCGCGGUGGCAGGGUACCGGCAGGGUUCCCGGAGGGGAUCAUGAAUACAUUGAUGUGGUUAGCCACGGUCAUACAGGGAGCUUGGAGCGUUUAAUAGUCGACAUUGAUUUCAAAAGCCAUUUUGAAAUAGCCAGAGCGGUCGAUUCAUACGACAGGAUAUUGAAUUCUCUGCCGGCUGUUUAUGUGGGCUCGUUAGCCAGGCUGAGUCAGUUUCUCCAGGUAAUGGCUGAGGCUGCUAGAUUUUCCCUUAAGCAGAACUCCAUGCCUCUUCCGCCAUGGCGAUCACUCGCCUAUUUGCAGGCGAAAUGGCAGUCGCCUUACCAAAGACAGCUAUACCCUGAUGAGAAGGGCAUGAAUAGAGCCAACUCUUUUGACCACAAGCAAUGUAAUGGCCAUUUGAAGAGGCUUCAGUCUCUACUUCAAGCUGAAAUCGAAACGGAGAGACUCUUGAAGCCCAUUAAAAGCGAGAACGGUUGGAGACGGAAGCCUGAGAGAAUAAGGCAUUAUCUUUAUGAGAAGAUUCCUUGAGAUGUAUAGAUUUUUGCCCGGCUUUUUUGAUUGAAAGAGUUGCUUUUGUGAGAGACCAUUUAUUGCGGCUUAUUGAGAUUCUUUUUGCUAUCCCCACAGGGAAUACUAAAAUAAGUGAACCAGAAUGAAGAGCAGGUUCAUGUGGCCAAUACCAAUAGCUAUGGCGGAGAGAGGAAUUUUUUUUUUCGGCUUUUCUUUCAUCGGGAAAUUAUAUACUGGUUUUGUGUUUUCAUUUUGUUAUCUGCAUCGUGUAUCGUUUUGUAGAUUUUUAUUUGUUUUGGAUAUCCUCUUAUAUGUAUUAUUCCUUGCCUCUGUAUAUUUGUGGGCAUAGGAAAUUUUGUCCUCUUAUUGUUAUUGGUUCUUGGUAUUAUUUAUUUAUUUAUUUAUACAUA